AUGGCCAUCAAUGAUGCCGGCCAGCUGAUGCCAGUAUGCGUUGCAUCGACAAGACAGCGCAACGAUGGAGCAACUUCGCUGGAAGAACCAGCCCCGGCAUCUUCAGUUGCCUCGUCGAUAUCAUCGCUCGUCGAAUCUACAGUGGCCUCAGAUGAAAAAUCUAAUGGCGGUGACACUGAUUCGAACUGGUUCAAAGGCGCGGAAUGGUCCCCGGAUGGAACAACGUUGCUAACAGACUCAGCUGAUCACUCUAUCCGAACAUGGAUCUUACCACCGGAUCUGCUGGAGAAGCAAUCUGUUCAUCAAUUAUCGCCAUAUUCUACUCUGCCUUCAGCGGAACCGACAUAUGCUAUGGCGAUCUAUCCGUUCUUCAAUCUCCAGGACCCUUCCACGACACUGUUCCUCUCUUCUGUCCGUGAUCAUCCAAUCCGACUUUCGUCGGCUCUAGCUCCCACUCCAAUGGGCAGCUACUCUCUUGUCAACCCGAUGACCGAAGCAUUCAUCUCUCCGCAUUCAAUGGUUUACCCUUCAACCCUAGGUGGUACGCAUUUCCUCACUGGCUCCGACAGCCUCAUAUGUCUUUUUGAUGUAUCGAGGCCCGGAACGCAAGGCCCCGUCUCUUCUAUGCCAACCAUACCCAGCAAGCGCAAACAAAUUGUGGGCGGUGGGGUUGGCAUGAAGGGUAUUGUAUCAGCUUUGGCUGUGAGUCCUAGCGGAGACGGCAUCCUUGCUGCUGGCACUUUCACCAGGCAUGUUGGCCUUUACAACUCGAAUGGAUCUGGCGAAUCCCUUGGUACAUUCAGUAUUGCCAAAACCGAGGCGAAUCGUGAUAUCGGUGGCCGUGGUAUCACGCAGCUUGUCUGGAGUCCCUGCGGCAGGUACCUAUAUGUUGCCGAGCGGAAAAGCGACGGUGUGUUAGUAUACGACGUUCGCGUUACAGGCCAAAUGCUUGGACACUUGCGUGGGCGCAAGGCGCUCACGAACCAGCGAAUGAAGAUUGACGUUGUGCCUUCUGGUCCGGAUGGGUCUCAUGAGGUUUGGGCCGGUGGUACAGAUGGAUUCAUGCGAGUUUGGAGAAGCCCAGAGUACUCUGCAGGUGGACAAGAUCCAGAUGCAGAAUUCAAGGUGCAUGGUGGUGAGUGUCCUCUUGGUCGGUUUGAAUGCGCAAUGCUGACCCAAAAAGAUGCUGUUACAAGCGCAAUGUUCCAUCCUCUGGCAAACGUUGUAGCCACUAGCUCUGGGCAGCGACAUUAUUAUUUUGAAGAUAAUUCCGAUGAAAGCGACGCUGAUGUGGCCCAGGAAAGCCGAGACAUUGACAAUAGCCUCAAGGUUUGGUCAAUGCCGUUCUUGCAAUCGGAGGCUGAGGUCGACACUGAUCCAGCGAAUCCUUGCUGA